AUGAGAGAAGGGUCCCAGCCUUUAAGGCCUGCAGCUACAGGCACCUUGGUGUCUGGCAAUGCUGCUAGCUUGAAUCGGUAUCCAGAGGAAGUAGGGACGGCCGCAAUUUUAUCUAAAAGCCCAAGAAACAAACCUGAAGUUCAGAGUAGCACAGGUACUAAGAACACUGCUGCACAAUUCUGGAAGCCAUAUGGGAAGGCUUUUAUUUGCAUCCAGAAUCUACUUCAGUUUGUAGGGUCCAUGCAUAAUCCUGACUGGCUACAGGACUGGCAGAGAAUUACAGAAAACUUACAGACUGAAUGUGAACUGAUACGUGAGAGCUGUAAUAAAUACCCGAAGCGCAGUGUCUACAGAGAUGGGGACCUGGUGCUGAGUUUUUUUUUUCCUCUUUAUGACUUCAGAGAUGAAGAAUCCACACACCAGCAACCUUUUUUGAUGGAGCCAAGUAAAACCCUGACACGUGAGUACUAUUGGGAAAACUACCAUUUUGUAUUGGCCUUUCUCUUUGCUAUUGAAGAAAUCAACAAAAGCCCCUAUCUGCUCCCCAACAUUUCCCUUGGUUUUGAUAUCUACAAUGCAUUUCCUGACCACCAAAGGACCUUAGAGAGUGCUCUACUUUUGCUUUCUGGAGUGAAUCAGACUCUGCCUAACUAUAACUGUGAGGCGCAGCAGAAAUUUGUUGCCAUCAUUGCAGGAAACAUUCCAGUAUUUUCAGCACAAAUUGGAACCCUACUGGAACUCUACAAAAUCCCACAGGUCACAUAUGGUCCUUUUGAUUCCACCCUAAGUGAUAAAAGCCAGUUUGCAUCCGUUUAUCAGAUGGCCACCAAUGACAGCUCUCUGGCUCAGGGAAUAAUCUCGUUGUUGAUGCAUUUUGGUUGGACAUGGGUGGCACUUUAUGUAUCUGAUGAUAUGAAAGAAGAGCAGUUUCUUCAGGUUCUAAAUGCAGAGAUGAUAAAAAGGCACAUCUGUGUAGCCUUCACAGAAAUGCUCCCUUCUGGGACAGGUGUCAAAACAUUCCACAACAUCAAUUAUGGGCACAGAAUCAGAGUUUCAUCUGCAAAUGUGUAUAUAAUAAUUGGUGAGAAAAAUAAUGUCUGGAACCUGGCCAUCUUAGAAGAAUUCGAUUUAAUUUGGGGAAAGCUUCAUCCAUUUAUGAAGAAAAGCCAAUUUACAAACAGCACUGGGUAUAACCUGUCCCUUGAUGACAUAAAUUUGGCACAGUAUGAUAUCCACAACUUGGUGAGACUUUCUGAAAAAAAUUCAACCAGUUGGCUACUGGUUAAAGUAGGAGACUUUGUCUACAAGAGCCCUCAUGAUCAAGGCUUGGUCAUCAAUAAAAUGCUGAUAAAAUGGCCUGCUAGUUUGAAUGAGACUCCUGAAUCUGUGUGCAGCCAGAGCUGUGGUCCUGGAUUCCAGAAAACUGUCCUUGAAAGAAGACCUAAUUGUUGUUUCCUUUGUGUUUUCUGCACAGAUAGAGCCAUUUCAAAUCAAACAGAUGCAGAGCAGUGUAUCAAGUGCCCAACUCAGGAGUAUCCAAACAGUGAGAGAACACAUUGCCUCCCCAAGUCUGAAACUUUCCUGGCUUUUGGAGAUUCUGUGGGGAUGUCCAUGGCCUUCAUGACUCUGUGUUUUUCUGUGGUCACAGCUCUGGUUUUAGUGGUCUUCGUGAAGCACCGACACACUCCCAUAGUCAAGGCCAAUAACCAGGCUCUCAGCUUCACCCUGCUCAUCUCCCUCAUCUUGUGCUUCCUCUGCCCUUUGCUCUUCAUUGGCCAUCCUAACACAGCCACCUGCAUCCUCCAACAAGUCACAUUUGGGCCUGUGUUCACUGUGGCAGUUUCCACUGUUCUGGCCAAAACCCUUACUGUGAUUCUGGCAUUCAAGGCCAUGAAGCCUGGAAGAACAAUGAGGUGCCUGCUGCUAUCAGGGGCUUCUAACACUGCCAUUCCCAUCUGCUCUCUUAUCCAAGUGAUUAUCUGUGCAGUCUGGCUGGGAACCUCUCCUCCUUUCAUUGAAAUAGACUCACACUCUGAGCCCAGACACAUCAUCAUCAUGUGCAACAAGGGCUCCAUCACCGCCUUCUACUGUGUCCUGGGAUACUUGGGCUUCUUGGCCCUGGGGACUUUCACUGUGGCUUUCCUGGCCAGGAACCUGCCUGGCACAUUCAAUGAAGCCAAGUUCCUGACAUUCAGCAUGCUGGUGUUCUGCAGUGUCUGGGUCACCUUCCUCCCUGUCUACCACAGCACCAAGGGCAAGUUCUGGAAUCUAGAUCAAAAGUUAAAUGUUUCUCUAAGCCAAGUUUCUGCAGCAUUCCAAAGUUUUGAUGUUAUAUUUCCAAAAUUGUCUCAGAUAUUUUUAUCCCCUGUGCGAUCUUACAGUAUUUUAGGAAACAACUUAAACUUGAACAGUGACCUGAAAUUUCCUCAGAACCUUUCAGGCACCAGCUUGGGUCCAAAGCUACAGGAGAAACAUGAGCUGGCUGAGUCACAGAAUAGUCAAGUAUUCCAUGUUUUCUCACUCAGAAAAGAAAAAUGCAGAGAACUGGGGUACCUCAUGAGUAGCAUGAAUAAACUGGCUCUGUACAGUUGUAUCUAUUAUCCAUCACGGUGA